AUGGUUUCAAACGAGUUGUCAUCGAUUCCUUCAGCUGAAUUGAUGACUCCUUCAACAGGAAAUCCGGGCUCGAAUGGAAAUGUGUCUGAUACUGUUGUCGAGCCAAACAAACUUCAUUUUGGAUUAUUCGAAGACGAAGAUUCUCGAAUGUCGGGGUGUGAGUCCUCUGAGGGUUCGCAGUCUCAGUACUCUACUGAGGACGAUAUUACAAAGUCGCUUGCCAAAGGUCGUCCACUUGGAUACAGCUCAUCCGCUUCCUCCCUUUCUCAAACGAUUCCCUUACCAAAGUGCACGAAACAAAGUACAAGAUGCCGUCGUUUAACUGAAUUAAGGGCUACUCGAAGAAAGGCUGCUGAGACCGAUGAAGUGCACAUAUUCUCGUGCUCUGAAGAAGACCUUCCCACGGUUUUUGGACAAUGGUACGAAAGCCUCUUGGACGGUGGAGAACAACCUGUAAAAUGCUAUCACCUGGUCAUAAAUUCUCUAAAGAAAUUCUUUGUUACAAAUACGUUUGGAAACGCUGUUAAGACGAUGGUGUGUGACUUUCUUCGCAAUCACGUGAUACGCUCGUGCGCAGAACUAAAUAGGCAGUAUGAAGGUUCAACAACGGAUGGAGAGCGUAGGCUGCGUGAAACUCAGUUACAAGUUCUCCUGGAGUUGUACACAUGUUAUCUUGACCCGAGUGAACCCUCAAAAGUUUUAGAAAUUGUUAGGAAAAUGAGAAUAGUUUAUUUCGUUGCGAACGCCAGGAGAAUGAGAACAUUCUUGGAGGAGCAAGUAUCUGAUAAUUUUAUACACCUUAUUCCCAAGAUUAUUGCUGAGAUUUUUGACGAACUAUGCAUUCAACUGCCAGAUGAUCUAGAAGAGUUCGAUUCGGUUUGGAAUAAAGAUGAAGACCUUUCUUUCCCGUUAUUUCACAAAGCCAGUAGUGGUAGUCGACUCCAACAAUUGGACCAAUUUAUUGAAGAAAUUCAAACACCAGAGGAAGGGCCAUCUAAUGCAAAGGGCAAAACUGCUCAAAAAGCGACGAAGGAGUCAAAAGACGUUNAUUUGGUGGAGGCUGCCGCCGAUGAUGAUGCGAAAUCACCGUCUAAAAAACUGACACAGAGAAGAAAAUCUGAGCGUCCUCGUGCUAUACCUGAAACACCGGAAGAGAAAUUGCGAGUGUCUGUGAAGGAAGAGAAGGCCGAGGUUGUAAAAGCUACCCCAAUGGCGAAAGUAUGUGGUAAUCCUACUCGCCAUAAAUCCAGGAUGUCAGAACUAGUUCGAAUAAGUGAGGAACGAGCCAGGGUUCCAAGAGCCGCCGCCCUAGCGUCUGCCAAAGCCAGUAAAGCCAUUAUUCAGGCCUCCCAAAGUUCUAUGCCAAUAUCUCGUGAAUCUCUCCUUGGUCUAAACACACCUUCGCCUCGUCCUCGAAGGGCAAAGUCGAACCUGUUGAAUAAGUUCACGAAUCUGAUCAAUAACAAUUCCCUGAAAACUGAAGAGGAGGACGAGAAGCCGUCAACAAGAGUUUUGCGAAGUGCGAGCUUAAGUGGGAACACCCCUGUCAAGCGCUCGGCUGCCACCGAACCAGCUGAGUCUGAGCCGCCGGAGAAAAAAGUUCGCUCUGCUUCCAUUCCUUCAACGUCAACCUCAACCGUUGCUCCAGUUUCAGUUGUUGAAAUAGACGAGAUUGUGGGACCCGAACAGCUGGCAAGGUUCCAACAGCGAGUGGAUGAGAUAAAUAAAAGAAGUGAUUUGGAUGAUAGUCAGGUCUAUCAUGAAAAUUCAUUUGUAAGGACAAGUUUAUUUGACGAAGAAGUACUACCUUGUCAACCGCCAGGGCAGAAUUUCCAACAGAAUCGUACGAGGAGGGUGGUAACCUCAUCAUCAGCAGCGCAUCUUGCGCAUACUUUGUUAAAUGUGGACAAUGUGACUCCGUUGGAGGUGUGGAAAUUACCACGAAGUUUUUCAUCUCCGGAGAAAAUGCCUAGAAUGAUCCGUACCGGUGUCAGUGCAAUUAAAAUGAAGAAAAUUCAAAGAAUGCGAGACCAGUGCUCUGCGUCGUCCCCAGUUGAAAGCCAAAAAUUUGAUCGCCACGAGCUUGAGCGUGCACUUCUGAAAAGUUUGGAAGAGGAACGUUCAAGGGAGAAGGAGAAGCCGAGUAAAAAGAUAAGCAAGCCGAAAACUGAUAAGAAGAAACCUGUUGCUCGUGCAGUUCCGAAAAAGAGGAAGAUCGAGGAGCCUACCCAGAAAGCAGGUAAAACUGUCAAAAAGGAAGAAGGCGAACCGAAGAAAGUUGAACAGUCUUCAGCAGCUAGCGGAAAAGUCACUGAGAGCGAUUCAGUUGCUCCUAAGAAAGCCAAGACUGAGCCUGUGGUAAAACGAAAAGAGGGAAAAGAAGAUUCCUCUACUCAAAACCCUUCCCAAAGUGCCAAGCCGAAAAAACAGCCGACAGCUAAAAAGCGUGAUCCAUCAGUGACGAAGAAAAAGGAGGAAGUGGAAGUAGUCGAGGGGAGCAGUAAAUCAGAAGAUUCUUCUGCGAAGGAAGCAAAAACAACGGCUGAUUCAGCUACGGCCAAGGUUAAAAAAGGGGAAAAAGAAGAAAAAGAGACACCAAAAGAAGCAGCAGCAGCAGAAGGAAAUUCCCAGAAGGAGAGUAAGGCAGACCCUGAAGUUCGUCGAGUUCCACCUCCUUAUCGAUUGCCGUCCAGAGCCAGUGACUUGAUCACCUUACUAGCCUGUGCCAAGGAGGUCCUGGGUGAUCACGAAUACACAAGCGAUCAAGACUAG